ACCCGGGAGCUUUAAAGAGCCAAAAACACAGUCUCCACCCAAGGCGGCUGCUUCUAUCCUGCCGGACACCAUGGCCGAGAAACCCAAACUCCAGCUGUUUGUCAAGGCCAGUGAAGAUGGUGAGAGUGUAGGGAACUGUCCCUUCUGCCAUCGUCUCUUCAUGAUCCUGCUACUCAAAGAUGUCCCCUUUACUCUCACCACUGUGGACACCAAGAGGUCCUUGGAUGUGCUGAAGGACUUUGCCCCUGGCUCCCAGCUGCCCAUUCUGCUCUAUGAUGGGGAAGCCAAGACAGAUACCAUCCAGAUUGAAGAGUUCCUGGAAGAGACACUGGGGCCACCCAACUUCCCCAGCCUGGUUCCUCAAUAUAAGGAAUCUAACAUAGCCGGUAAUGAUGUCUUCCACAAAUUCUCAGCUUUCAUCAAAAACACUUCUCCUGCUCGGGAUGAAGCCUUGUAUCGACCCCUGCUUCGUGCCCUGGUGAAACUGGAUCUAUAUCUGACCACACCCUUGGAGCAUGAGCUGACCCAGGACCCGAAGCUCACUAAGUCCAAGCGUCGCUUCUUAGAUGGCGACGAGCUCACCUUGGCGGAUUGCAAGCUCCUGCCCAAGCUACACAUUGUCAAUACCGUGUGCACCCAUUAUCGACAGACACCCAUCCCUGUUGAGCUCCGUGGGCUCCACCGAUACCUGGAAAAUGCUCUGCAGAUGAAGGAGUUCAAGUACACCUGUCCACAAAGCUCUGAGAUCCUGGCUGCCUAUGCAUCCGUGGCUCGGGCUCGAGCUCGCUGACCACUCAGAAUCCAUCCGAUUUGGCUCUCCCCUACUGUUCCACUGCGCCUCCCCUACACCACCCUCAGGCACACGGACUCGCUCGUUCAUCACCCCUCUGCGAGCACUCAGCGUACACCCCCUCCACUAUUUCAUGCUUUUCUUCUAAAUCCCGUUGAAGUCACCGCUUCUAGGAUUUCCUCCCUGAUUGCUCCUCGAGGACUGACCUUCCUCACUUCGGCACUCCUGUGAUGGUUUAGACUGUUAAUUUGCUUCAAAGGGGUGUCCAUAAACAUACUCUUUGGUCUCAUCUAUGCCCAGGUGUGACUCAUUUUCCUGAGGGCCAGGGAUGUGAACCCCUCCCAGUUCCCUGACCACAGCCUCCACCCUCAUCUCUUACUUGACCCCAAAUCUGGCCCCCAUCAUCUUUGGGCCAUUCCUCUCCACUCACAGUGACCUCUGAUCCUACCUUCCACUCUGGCCCUCCCCGUGACACCUCAGGAUGGCGCAUACCAAAUACCUGUUAUCCUAAGACUAACAUCAGAUUUGACACCAAGCCACCAGGGUGGGACUUAUACAGGCUCCCUCCCAUACACAGGGGGAAAUGAAAGCUCAGCCCCUUUGUAGCCAUGCCCAGGGACUCAACUGCUCCUCAAACCAGUUGGGCAGGAGUGAGAACAGCAGGAAAGGUCUAGAUAGGCAAGGUGAGAGGGCAGGGCUGGAGGCCACCUCCCUGAGCUGGGUGGGGAGAAGAGUAAGGUUGUGAAUGUUUCCAGCCAGCUUGACCACAUUCCCUGGCUCCUUUCUCCCAAUCCCAUCAGUUAAACCAACUUCUGCCUCCUAAUCACCAACCCACCCUUUGCCUUUCCAGCCUGCCCCCCUCCCCCCAUCCCUGCUUCCAGCAUUUCUGGGGCUCUGGGAAGUACCUACUUGGGUACAUCUGUAUUCCUGUAUUGACUGUGUGUCAGGCAAUGUGCUAUUAGAUUUAUAAUCAGAAGAGUUAGGUUCAAAUUCUGCCUCAGACACUUAAUUGCUCUGUGUGUGUGACUCUGGUUCUGUCACUGCUACUAAAAUCAGAGCACAGGUUCAAAUCCUGGCUCCGACAUUUGAUAGUUUUAUGUCUCUUCAAAGGCUCUUUGAGCCUUGGUUUCCCCUCUGUAAAAUAAGGAUAAUACUUCCACAACUUACAAAACUGGGUUAUUGUGAGGAAAGCAUAUUGUAACCUUAAAGCAAUAUAGAAAUUCGAGCCGUUACUGUAAAUGCAAAUUGUUUCUGUCAACAUGUUUGUGUAUCUGAAACUACAGACUAUACAAUAUUUGUGACUACCUAUAUACAUAUCUUUGUACAUCUAUA